AUUUUUCAAAAUGAUUUGAAAAAAGAGAGGAAGUAACUUUCUGGGUAGUAUUAUUCCAGCUGGGACAUUUAUACAGCAUGCAAAAGACUUCUGAAUUCUCCAUUUGCAGCUUGGGUUUGACCAAGCCUGGAUCCAGGUCUCUUUUUCAUUGGAUUUUCAGUUCAAGCUUCUAUACUGAGGAUGAGCACCAACAGCACCAGCCUGAUGUCUAAUGCAAAGCUGCUGCUCGUUCUUCCUCUUGCACUAGUCAUCUUCUUCACAGUAAUGGGAAACCUGCUGGUAAUCCUGGCUAUUGCUCGCACUCCUCAGCUUCACACCACCACCAACGUCUUCAUCACCUCUCUAGCCUGUGCAGAUCUCAUCAUGGGCUGUGUGGUCCAGCCCUUGGGCAUCAACAUGGUGGUGACCGGAAAAUGGCCGCUGGGUGAGACUGUUUGCGAUCUGUGGACAUCCGUGGAUGUGCUCUGUGUCACAGCCAGCAUCGAGACGCUAUGUGCCAUCGCCGUGGAACGUUACAUUGCAGUGACAAGGCCCCUCGAGCAUCAGGUUCUCCUGAGCAAGCGUAGAGCUGGGUUCAUCGUAUGCAUGGUGUGGAUGGUGUCAUCCCUGGUUUCCUUUGUGCCAAUCAUGAACCAUCAUUCUCGCGAAACUAAUCCGGACAACGAGACAAAUGCAUGCUACUCAGACCCCUACUGCUGCGACUUCAUUACCAGCAAGACCUACGCCAUCUUCUCCUCCAUGGUGUCCUUCUACGUGCCCCUGAUUAUCAUGGUCUUUGUGUAUGGGAAGGUAUUUGCCAUUGCGACCAGACAGCUGAGGCUCAUCGAUAAGGAAAGACUGCGUUUUCUGAGUAAAAGUGAAGAAGACUCUGAAGCGCAGCAUAAAAUUGGUCAGUCUUGUCAAAGUCCACAUCCAGAAGCUGAAACAGUUCAGAGUUCUAGCCGUAGACCAUUAAGACAUGUUCUCAAGGAACACAGGGCACUCAAUACAAUGGGAAUUAUUAUGGGUAUCUUCAUUCUUUGUUGGUUGCCCUUUUUCCUCUUCAAUAUCAUCAAGGUCUUCAAGCGUGGAGUUCCUCCACAGUAUGUGUUCCUUCUGUUGAAUUGGCUUGGCUAUGCUAAUUCAGGCCUGAACCCAUUCAUUUACUGCCACAGCCCAGAGUACCGUACUGCCUUCAAGAAUCUUCUAGGCUUGAAAAAUCUCAAGCGACUGAAUCGCAAUGCCUUGCACAAACACCUACGGACAUUUGCCUCAUGCAUCCAAAGCAAUGGUUCUGUAAGAAUGGAUUGCAUAGGUCACGAAGACCCAGCAGUGGUGCAGAUUAGGAACAUGAGUUCUAAUACAUGUACAGUUUUCAAAGAGGAAGAGUAUUUAGAAACUCUGCCUCACAAUGGCUCAACUGUGAAACAGAUCAGUGUUGCAGAGACAGUUUAAAGAACCAAUAAUGACAGAAAACAGCAUCCAUGGUUUUCAAAAGGACUUAACUGUACCCUACCAUUAAUGCUUUUCAAAGGACUCAAAUGGACCCUGACUUCAUUACAUUCCGAAUGUGACGGUGAUGGUAAAGAUUGUUAUGCAGGAACUCGGAAGGAGUUCGGAACUUCAAGCAAAACGACAGCCAUAAAAAUCAAGGAGUGAAGAUGUAAAAACACCAAAAAUGCCUUCUCUUCCACUCAAAAACAAAAUAAAAUCUCUUGUGUGGACCUGGCUGUGACAUACUGUACUUCUCCUUCAUUUUAAAGCAUCAUGAAGAAUCAAUUUUUUGGAGAUAAGAGUUCAUUAUACUUGGACUAACUUUUAGAAUUCAAUACUGACUCCCCAUUAAUAAAAAUGUUUUAUUAAUCAGACAAAACUGCAAAAUUGUUUCAUUCCGUACUUUACCAACUUUGGACAGAUGAAGAGAUUUGAACACAGGACUGCCUUCAUUUGCACAUUAAUAAUGCCUUUUUGAAAUUCAGAAACUUGGGCUGCCCAGUCACGGUGAGUUAAUACGGAGAAAGUAGAACAGAUACUAUUAUUACUAAAACCAAAAUAAUGAAUGAUAAUGGUGCGUUCAUUUAACGUCCAAAUGACCAUGGUUACGACAUUCCGACUUGAAAAAAUCGUAAUCUUAAGUUGUAAACUCAGAAUUCUAUGAAAGCUCUGACUUGACCACUGUGACAUCAUGUAAAAAGAACCAAAAUGGCAAAAAGAACCAAAUAGCAGCCUCAACAAUUAAAGGUAGUAUACACAUAUUUCUGCUUGAUAUGCCAUUUUAUAAUAUACAGUGUUACCUGGUGCACUUUCUUUGUUAUUUAACAUUUUGUAAAAACAUGUAGAGGUGAAAUAUUGAAGUGAUUCAAUAUUUUAUAUGUUUUGACAUUAUGAUUGUUGCCAAAGAAACUUUUAAGCAAAGUUCUCAGUCUGAGGACUAACAGUAGUUUCAACAUGACGUGAAUGCACCAAACGUGUGAAAUGAGGGACAACCUUGUGCUGUUCUUACUAUGUGUAGCACCUGCAACACUGCAUAUCCUUCUGAAAUAUUAAAAACAAAUGUUAGUUUUUAUUUAACGUCAUACUUUUUUAACAAACUCCCUGAUCAUUUCAGUUUAAUCUUAACAGUUUGUUAAAACAAAUUAAUUCUAAUUUAAUAAUAAUUUAAAAAAAUAUGGUUUUACCUUGGCUUGAUACAAUUCCAAGCACUACCCGGAGAUUAAACAUGCACAUUCUGGAGUGGAUCAGCUUGAGUGGAAUGCACAAAACAGACAUUUCACUGGCAGUCUUGUACCAAACAUUAGAGAAUUGGUUACCUUUUAACUAACCACAAAACAUGUCUUGUCAGCUUUACUUAAUCCAUGUGUUAGGACAACACAUUUGUUUGGUUAACUUAAAUUGGGCAGAGGAUUUCUGGUUCCAUGCAUGCUUUGCAUAGGACUCAACAAGGAAAUUAAAUGUUAAACUUAGGUGUUAUUUUAUGUGUCUUUGUACAAGACUGUAUUUUUAAAGUGCUUUAUAAAUCAAUCUUGAACUUGAAGAUGAUAAUAUGGGAAUAUAAAAACUUGUUAGUGUUUCAUGUUUUGUAUGUUGAGAUUUAGAAAGAAUUUCUGUUAUGUUGUAGCUUUUGGGGUUACCAUCAUGUUGAAGAGUGGAGCUUGAGCCUAAGUUGAGGACCAAUACAUUUGGGGUAUUUUUCAUAUUGCUAUAUCCAUUGAGCAAUUGCUGUUCUAAAUAUAGCAUAGUAACCAGGUAGUACGCAUUAGUGCUUCCAACUAGCAUGUCUUUAGCAUACUAAUAUUUCCUGUCACGAGCUAGCAUAUCACUAAAACAGUUUCAUUUGAGUUAUUUUGGCAUGUAAAAUUUUGUUGGGUUUACUUACUGUAAUUCAGUUAGGUUCCCUCCUUAUUUAAGUAUUUAAGUUGAAAAUUAAGUCAUUUUAAUUUAAGAAAACUCAUUUCAAACAUGUGCAACCACUGUCCAUGACUGAAUUAAUUUUGACCAAAGACUCUUUUUUUUUUAAAGUGUAGAUACUUAAACACUUUGUCAAAUUGCAGGGCAAUACAAAAGAAUUUAUUCAGAGUAACUAAACAAGCAUAAAACUGUGUUAAACUGAGUAGGCUGUACUCAACUUUUCAUAAAGUCAAAUUAAUGGCAUCACAAAGGCGAUGAGUCAUUUUAAUUGGUCUUUUCUUGAUGCGAGUGUCAUUGUCAUGUGCACGUACAGAGACAGUCAGAAUGUAAAAUGCAUUAGUUUGAUGAAGCUCCACAACUAUUACAGUGACAGAAGAAACGUAAUUAACUGCAGUCUCACAAAAGGUCAGAACUGCAUCAAAUCCUGUUCUUUUAAAGGCUGCUGUUUUGCCGCAUUUGUGUUCCUAGUCUGAAAUAUGCAUACUAAGGAUGGAUUUGUUCGUUUCAGAAUGAGGUAUAAAAAUCUGCCAAUUUGGAAGCUUUAUUUCAAUACUGCCAAUCAAAAUGAGAACAUAAUAUAAAUAAAACUAAUUGUCCAUCCAUCCACCCACCCAUCCAUUUCUUUAUUUAUUUUUGCUUAUAGCUACUUAUAUACAGUAGUUAAAUAAAGGCUCCUUGAAUUCUGAGCUUGUAGC